AAAUUACUCGUUAACCCAUCUAUAUAUAAUAAAUAAUACGCACUUUAUUGACGUUUAGUAGACUUCGUGUCGAUACUGUACAUGUCAAUAGUUUUAAAAUGUGGUACUUAAAAGUGUCGUCGAGUCUAUACAUAGCGGUGGCAUUAAUCUGUAUGAUACAGAAUGCAAUAUCACUCACUGUAGACCAAAAUGCAGAGGAUCAGUGGUCAAAACUGGAAAGUUCUACAGAUCAAAUUGACUUAAAAAAAAUUUUAAAACUGUGUAAAAAUUCUAUUAAUAGCUUCAAUGAAAAAUUAGAGAAUACGAAAACUACUGUUAACAAAAAAUUGCCUGAACCUAAUAAGACAACGGAAGAUAUAGAAAAAUUAGUAAGUGAUGUAAAAACUCAAAUUAAAAAUUCAUCUACAGAUCUUGUAACUGUAAGAAAAUUAGUUCAAAAAACUGCUUUACGAUUUAGAGACACAUUCAAAUCUCUUUCAUCAUUUACUGAGUUAGAUAAUGAAACUGUAAAUAAAGAAUUAGAAGGUAUUAAGAAAACAACAGUUGAUGGUAAAAAACCACUUGUAAAUCGUGUUGUACGGUCAUUUGGAAAACGCUACGAUCUUAAUAAAUUGGCGAACAGGGUUCUUGAAAUAUCUGCUGAUCGUGAAAAGUUAAAAAAUAAUUAUGACGAAAAAAAAAAAAUUGCUAAAAAAGAAUUGAAUUCGUUGUGGAAUUCAUUAACUAAUCAUUCAAAAACUGUGAAUGAUAAUGCUUUAAAGGCCUUUGAAACUUUCUUCGAAGGCAUGAAAUCUCUAAAAUCUGUGAAAAAAAAAGUUAAGACUAUUGGAGAAGACGCAAUAAAUGAAAUAAAAAAAGGAAAUGAUUUUAAUAACAUAAAAAAUGCAGUUGAAUUAGCUAAAGCAUUGAAAUUGAAGUUUGAAGAUGAAUGGAAUCUUGAUACUGGGGAAUUAAAUUAUAGCGAAGAACAGAAAAAAGAUACUACACAAACAAUGGAUGAAAAUCUUGUUGAAGAUAAUGAAUAUGAUGAUUCUACAAACGAUAUUGAACCUAGUUUGCCAACAACGGAACAAGACACGAUUGAUAAUGAAAAAAUAAAUGCUAUUCCAUCUACCCAAAUUGAGAUUGAAAAACCAUCAAAGAAUGACAGUCUUACCUCAGAUAAAGCUGUUUCUGAAGUUGAAGAAACACAAUUGCCUACUGAGUCAGAAAAUAAAGUUCAAACUACAAAACUGCAACCUACAAUAAAAGACGACCUUCCAGAUGAUAAUAUUUCUGAUAACAAAAACUCUCCGAUUGAAGAAACUUCAAUAAUCCCUAACACGGAAAAUAAAGAAAAUAAAGAAAAAAUAUUAUUAGUUGAACCCAAAGAUUCAAAUAAUGAAACAAAUCUUACAGAUGGUAUAAAAUCAGAUUUAUCAAAUAAUGAAAUUACAUUUAAUCCUGAUAUCACCAAUGACGAUACACUUAUUUCGCCAAAUAAAAAUGCAGAAAACAAUAAAACAAGUAAGAUAAUAAAUAAAAAAACAAGUAGGGAAAAAAUCCCAAUACUACCAUGGGAAAAACUAAUACAAUUAGAUGAUACACAGGUUAGUCAACAAUCAAAGAAGUGUGAAAGUUUAUUGAAUAAUAUAUUACCAGACUUUGAUAAUAUCAAAAAAUUAGCGAAAAACUCAAUACAAGUAACACAGAAUUAUAAAGCUUUACAAAACAUAGAAAAUGAAACUGUUCAACGAUUUUAUGAUAAAAUGGUUGAUACAAACACAAAACUCUCUGAUUAUUUAGUUGAUUCCGCAGAAGAUGUUUGUGCUAAAGUAACACCAAUAAAUAAAAGAUAUGAAACGAAAUUUAAAAAUGAUCCAAACAUUAAACGUAUAAACUAUUUAUUAACAAAACAGUACGAUCCUAAUCAGUACAUUUUAAAAGUCUUAGAUGAUGCAAGUCAUAAAACUGGAAUUGGUGGCAUGAAAAAGACUACAUAUUAUAAAAUGUUAGCAGUAGCUCAUAAUUUGAACCACGAAACGAAAGAAAUGGAAGAUGCUGCAUUAUACGCAAUGAACAAAAUCUAUGAAGGAAAAUUAGCUGCAACUAAUUUACAAAAAAUGUUUAAUAAGGAAAAGGCAUCAAAAGCUUGUUAUAUAAGAAACAUUUUACUAGAAAAAGAGAACGAUGCUGAGAAAAAGAAUAGGGAUGAAAAUAAAGAAAAAAUAAAAGAAAACAUAAAUAAUGACACGAAUACAGAACCAUUAAAACCUGACGUCAACUUAGAUUCUGUAGAUGACAUACAACCACCAACAAUCAAUGAUGAUAAUGAACCAAUAUUAAAUAAUAAAGAAGAAGAGGAAACAAUAAACGACACAAAUGAACCAACAACUCAUAAUAAUCUAGAUGAUAGUGAAAAUGAUAACACUAAAAAAGAAAAUGAAGAACAGAAAACUGAAGAAAACUAUAAUAUUUCAUCUCUUCCACAAAACAAAGAUAGUGAUUCUACUACGCAAACGACAAAUGAUGGUGCUCAUAAACCAAAACGUAAUAUCACCAGGAAAGUAACUCACCACAGAAAUCAUAGAAAUCCCAAUGAUCCCAACGAUGUAUCAGAAGAAUAUGACACAAUAGAAGAAAUUGAUGAUGAAGAGGAUGUUACAAAUCAAUAUAAGUCAAGCGAGGAUAAGUCUAAUGAUACACCCGAAGCAGAAUCAUUAGCUCAUUAUGAUAAUAAACAAGAAGUUGCAGAACCUGAACAUUCAGAAAAUAAAAAUGGUGAACAGAAAACUGAAGAAAACUAUAAUAUUUCAUCUAUUCCACAAAACAAAGAUAGUGAUUCUACUACGCAAACGACAAAUGAUGGUGCUUAUAAACCAAAACGGAAUAUCACCAGGAAAGUAACUCACCACAGAAAUCAUAGAAAUCCCAAUGAUCCCAACGAUGUAUCAGAAGAAUAUGACACAAUAGAAGAAAUUGAUGAUGAAGAGGAUGUUACAAAUGCAUAUAAGUCAAGCGAGGAUAAGUCUAAUGAUACACCCGAAGCAGAAUCAUUAGUUAAUUCUGAUAAUAAACAAGAAGUUGCAGAACCUGAACAUUCAGAAAAUAAAAAUGGUGAAUCAAAUGAAGAAAGUAAUUCUCAUGAAGAAACUACUCAAGAAGGUGAACCGGAUGAAUUUAAAACAAACCAACGUAUAAAGCGAAUAGAUCCUAAAGAUGGAAAAGAUAUAUCUGAAAAAUACGAAGAAGAAGGCGGAAACAAAUUAAAUAAAUCAGGUGAGAAAACAUUUGGUGAUACUGAAAAGUCUGAGUCACCUGUUACUACUGAAAAUCAAGAUGACGCGGAAGCACCUGGUCGUUUACAAAGUGAAAAUGCUGAAUCAAAUGAAGAAAAUAGUACACCAACAGAUACAUCUGAAGCAGAUAAUUUAGGUAAACCCAAAACAAAACUUCGUAGAAAACGAAAAGAUCCCAAAGAUGGAAAACCAUUAUCAGAGGUAAAUGAUACAUUUGAGGAAGACGAAACAAUUUUAAAUAACUCAAUACAAAAAAAAAUAACUGAUACUUCUGAAAUAGAACCAGCAUUUAAUGAGGAAAUCAAUAGUGAACAGGAAAUAGAAGAAGAAGAUACCAAUACAGAUAUUACUUCGGUGAACGAAGAUACUACAAAAGAAAAUUUGAAUAUGGAAUCAAAAUCUUUUGAUGAAAAAAUAGAUCAAGAAACAGAAGAUGAUUUGAAUGAAAAUGUAAACUUAAAUAGUGUAGAAGACGCAGAAUUGAAAUCUGUAAAUAAUGAAAAAAUUAUCCGACCAGCAGAAAGUAUGGGAGAAGAUUCAAGGUCAUAUGAAUCAAGUUAUACACCAGAAUACGACGAAACUUCAGAAGAUCAUCAUUUACAUGAACAUGAACCAGAAACACCGACCAAUGAAGUAGGAGCUAAACCAAGUGAUAUUGGUAACCAAGAUGAAAGAAAUAAUCAACCAAAAAGACGCCACAGGCGACAAAGAGAUCCGAACACCGGACUAGAAGUGUCUGAAGAAUAUGAUACCCAUGAAGAACAGGAUGAGGAAACACCAACGGGAGAUUUAAAAAUGGAUACACCAUCUGCUACAAGAGAAUACAAUGAAAAUGAACAAAAUUCAGAUAUACCUGAACAUGAUGAAAAUCCUGAACAUAAUGAAUACUAUGAACAUGAACCAGAAACACCGACCAAUGAAGUAGCAGCUAAACCAAGUGAUAUUGGUGAACAAGAUGAAAGAAAUAAUCAACCUAAAAGACGCCACAGGCGACGAAGAAAUCCGAACACCGGUCUAGAAGUGUCUGAAGAAUAUGAUACCCAUGAAGAACAGGAUGAGGAAACACCAUUAGAAGAUAACAAAAUCGAUACACCAGAAUACGACGAACCUUCAGAAGAUCACAAUUUAUAUGAACAUGAACCAGAAAUACCGACCAAUGGAGUAGCAGCUAAACCAAGUGAUAUUGAUGAACGAGAUGAAAUAAAUAGUCAACCUAAAAGACGCCACAGGCGACGAAGAAAUUCGAGCACCGGUCUAGAAGUGUCUGAAGAAUAUGAUACCCAUGAAGAACAGGAUGAGGAAACACCAUUAGAAGAUAACAAAAUCGAUACACCAGAAUACGACGAAACUUCAAAAGAUCACAAUUUAUAUGAACAUGAACCAGAAAUACCGACCAAUGGAGUAGCAGCUAAACCAAGUGAUAUUGAUGAACAAGAUGAAAUAAAUAGUCAACCUAAAAGACGCCACAGGCGACGAAGAGAUCCGAACACCGGUCUAGAAGUGUCUGAAGAAUAUGAUACCCAUGAAGAACAGGAUGAGGAAACACCAACGGGAGAUUUCAAAAUGGAUACACCAUCUGCUACAAGAGAAUACAAUGAAAAUGAACAAAAUUCAGAUAUACCUGAACAUGAUGAAAAUCCUGAACAUAAUGAAUACUAUGAACAUGAACCAGAAACACCGACCAAUGGAGUAGCAGCUAAACCAAGUGAUAUUGAUGAACAAGAUGAAAUAAAUAGUCAACCUAAAAGACGCCACAGGCGACGAAGAGAUCCGAACACCGGUCUAGAAGUGUCUGAAGAAUAUGAUACCCAUGAAGAACAGGAUGAGGAAACACCAUUAGAAGAUAACAAAAUCGAUACACCAGAAUACGACGAAACUUCAGAAGAUCACCAUUUAUAUGAACAUGAACCAGAAAUACCGACCAAUGAAGUAGCAGCUAAACCAAGUGAUAUUGGUGAACAAGAUGAAAGAAAUAAUCAACCUAAAAGACGCCACAGGCGACGAAGAAAUCCGAACACAGGUCUAGAAGUGUCUGAAGAAUAUGAUACCCAUGAAGAACAGGAUGAGGAAACACCAUUAGAAGAUAACAAAAUCGAUACACCAGAAUACGACGAAACUUCAGAAGAUCACAAUUUAUAUGAACAUGAACCAGAAAUACCGACCAAUGGAGUAGAAGCUAAACCAAGUGAUAUUGAUGAACAAGAUGAAAGAAAUAGUCAACCUAAAAGACGCCACAGGCGACGAAGAGAUCCGAACACCGGUCUAGAAGUGUCUGAAGAAUAUGAUACCCAUGAAGAACAGGAUGAGGAAACACCAUUAGAAGAUAACAAAAUCGAUACACCAGAAUACGACGAAACUUCAGAAGAUCACCAUUUAUAUGAACAUGAACCAGAAAUACCGACCAAUGAAGUAGCAGCUAAACCAAGUGAUAUUGGUGAACAAGAUGAAAGAAAUAAUCAACCUAAAAGACGCCACAGGCGACGAAGAAAUCCGAACACCGGUCUAGAAGUGUCUGAAGAAUAUGAUACCCAUGAAGAACAGGAUGAGGAAACACCAUUAGAAGAUAACAAAAUCGAUACACCAGAAUACGACGAAACUUCAGAAGAUCACAAUUUAUAUGAACAUGAACCAGAAAUACCGACCAAUGGAGUAGCAGCUAAACCAAGUGAUAUUAAUGAACAAGAUGAAAUAAAUAGUCAACCUAAAAGACGCCACAGGCGACAAAGAGAUCCGAACACCGGUCUAGAAGUGUCUGAAGAAUAUGAUACCCAUGAAGAACAGGAUGAGGAAACACCAACGGGAGAUUUCAAAAUGGAUACACCAUCUGCUACAAGAGAAUACAAUGAAAAUGAACAAAAUUCAGAUAUACCUGAACAUGAUGAAAAUCCUGAACAUAAUGAAUACUAUGAACAUGAACCAGAAACACCGACCAAUGGAGUAGCAGCUAAACCAAGUGAUAUUGAUGAACAAGAUGAAAUAAAUAGUCAACCUAAAAGACGCCACAGGCGACGAAGAGAUCCGAACACCGGUCUAGAAGUGUCUGAAGAAUAUGAUACCCAUGAAGAACAGGAUGAGGAAACACCAUUAGAAGAUAACAAAAUCGAUACACCAGAAUACGACGAAACUUCAGAAGAUCACCAUUUAUAUGAACAUGAACCAGAAAUACCGACCAAUGAAGUAGCAGCUAAACCAAGUGAUAUUGGUGAACAAGAUGAAAAAAUACAACCUAAAAGACGCCACAGGCGACGAAGAAAUCCGAACACAGGUCUAGAAGUGUCUGAAGAAUAUGAUACCCAUGAAGAACAGGAUGAGGAAACACCAUUAGAAGACAACAAAAUCGAUACACCAGAAUACGACGAAACUUCAGAAGAUCACCAUUUAUAUGAACAUGAACCAGAAACACCGACCAAUGGAGUAGCAGCUAAACCAAGUGAUAUUGAUGAACAACAUGAAAUAAAUAGUCAACCUAGAAGAAGCCACAGGCGACGAAGAUAUCCGAACACCGGUCUAGAAGUGUCUGAAGAAUAUGAUACCCAUGAAGAACAGGAUGAGGAAACACCAUUAGAAGAUAACAAAAUCGAUACACCAGAAUACGACGAAACUUCAGAAGAUCACCAUUUAUAUGAACAUGAACCAGAAACACCGACCAAUGGAGUAGCAGCUAAACCAAGUGAUAUUGAUGAACAAGAUGAAAUAAAUAGUCAACCUAGAAGACGCCACAGGCGACGAAGAGAUCCGAACACCGGUCUAGAAGUGUCUGAAGAAUAUGAUACCCAUGAAGAACAGGAUGAGGAAACACCAUUAGAAGAUAACAAAAUCGAUACACCAGAAUACGACGAAACUUCAGAAGAUCACCAUUUAUAUGAACAUGAACCAGAAACACCGACCAAUGGAGUAGCAGCUAAACCAAGUGAUAUUGAUGAACAAGAUGAAAUAAAUAGUCAACCUAAAAGACGCCACAGGCGACGAAGAGAUCCGAACACCGGUCUAGAAGUGUCUGAAGAAUAUGAUACCCAUGAAGAACAGGAUGAGGAAACACCAUUAGAAGACAACAAAAUCGAUACACCAGAAUACGACGAAACUUCAGAAGAUCACCAUUUAUAUGAACAUGAACCAGAAAUACCGACCAAUGGAGUAGCAGCUAAACCAAGUGAUAUUGAUGAACAAGAUGAAAGAAGUAGUCAACCUAAAAGACGCCACAGGCGACGAAGAGAUCCGAACACCGGUCUAGAAGUGUCUGAAGAAUAUGAUACCCAUGAAGAACAGGAUGAGGAAACACCAUUAGAAGAUAACAAAAUCGAUACACCAGAAUACGACGAAACUUCAGAAGAUCACAAUUUAUAUGAACAUGAACCAGAAAUACCGACCAAUGAAGUAGCAGCUAAACCAAGUGAUAUUGGUGAACAAGAUGAAAGAAAUAGUCAACCUAAAAGACGCCACAGGCGACGAAGAAAUCCGAACACCGGUCUAGAAGUGUCUGAAGAAUAUGAUACCCAUGAAGAACAGGAUGAGGAAACACCAUUAGAAGAUAACAAAAUCGAUACACCAGAAUACGACGAACCUUCAGAAGAUCACAAUUUAUAUGAACAUGAACCAGAAAUACCGACCAAUGGAGUAGCAGCUAAACCAAGUGAUAUUGGUGAACAAGAUGAAAGAAAUAAUCAACCUAAAAGACGCCACAGGCGACGAAGAAAUCCGAACACCGGUCUAGAAGUGUCUGAAGAAUAUGAUACCUAUGAAGAACAGGAUGAGGAAACACCAUUAGAAGAUAACAAAAUCGAUACACCAGAAUACGACGAAACUUCAGAAGAUUACAAUUUAUAUGAACAUGAACCAGAAAUACCGACCAAUGGAGUAGCAGCUAAACCAAGUGAUAUUGAUGAACAAGAUGAAAGAAGUAGUCAACCUAAAAGACGCCACAGGCGACGAAGAGAUCCGAACACCGGUCUAGAAGUGUCUGAAGAAUAUGAUACCCAUGAAGAACAGGAUGAGGAAACACCAUUAGAAGAUAACAAAAUCGAUACACCAGAAUACGACGAAACUUCAGAAGAUCACAAUUUAUAUGAACAUGAACCAGAAAUACCGACCAAUGAAAAUAGUCAACCUAAAAGACGCCACAGGCGACGAAGAAAUCCGAACACCGGUCUAGAAGUGUCUGAAGAAUAUGAUACCUAUGAAGAACAGGAUGAGGAAACACCAUUAGAAGAUAACAAAAUCGAUACACCAGAAUACGACGAAACUUCAGAGCACAAUGAAUUAAAUGAUGUAGACAAUAAUAAUCAACCUGAAGUAUCGGAAUAUCCUGAAUUAUCAGCCUUAUCAUCAAAAGAUUCAUCGACUCCAACAGAAGCUGAUGAAAAUGGAAAUAUUGUAAGACCAAAUCCACGUAAAAUUAGACAUCGUAGGAAAUCGAAAAAACCACAAUCCUUUAAUGGAAUUGAUAGGACACCAAUAGAAGUUAACAAUGAAGAUAUCAAUAAUAAUCCAGUUGAAGACCAGGAUGUUAAUAACCAUGAUAUUCCUUACAAUGAUGAUGAUGUACUCGAAGAAGACCCACACCAUGGAUAUGGAGAAAGAAUUGAUGAAAAUCAACCUGAAUUAUCGGAAUAUCCUGAAUUAUCAGCCUUAUCAUCAAAAGAUUCAUCGACUCCAACAGAAGCUGAUGAAAAUGGAAAUAUUGUAAGACCAAAUCCACGUAAAAUUAGACGGCGUAGGAAAUCGAAAAAACCACAAUCCUUUAAUGGAAUUGAUAGGACACCAAUAGUAGUUAACAAUGAAGAUAUCAAUAAUAAUCCAGUUGAUGGUCAGGAUGUUAAUAACAAUGAUAUUCCUUACAAUAAUGAUGAUGUACUCGAAGAAGACCCACACAAUGGAUAUGGAGAAAGAAUUGAUGAAAAUCAACCCGAAUUAUCAGAAUACCCUAAAAAUUCAGAUUUAUUAUCUGAAGAUUCCACAACUCCAACUGAUACCGAUGAUAAUGGAAGCGUUGUAAGACCAAAUCGACGUAAAAUUAGACGGCGUAGGAAAUCGAAAAAACCACAAUCCUUUAAUGAAAUUAAUAGGACACCAAUAGAAGUUAACAAUAAAGAUAUCAAUAAUAAUCCAGUUGAAGGUCAUGAUGUUAAUAACAAUGCUAUUCCUUACAAAAAUGAUGAUGUACUCGAAGAAGACCCACACAAUGGAUAUGGAGAAAGAAUUGAUGAAAAUCAACCCGACUUAUCAGAAUACCCUAAAAAUUCAGAUUUAUUAUCUGAAGAUUCCACAACUCCAACUGAUACCGAUGAUAAUGGAAGCGUUGUAAGACCAAAUCCACGUAAAAUUAGACGGCGUAGGAAAUCGAAAAAACCACAAUCCUUUAAUGGAAAUGAUAAGACACCAAUAGAAACUAACGAUGUUAGCACAAAAACAAAUCCUACAAAUAUAGACGCAGAAAAUAGUAGGGUUCCAAAUGAAGAAAAAUCAACUGAAACUCCUGAGAUAGAUCCAAAUAACAUUCAAAAGAACCCUAACAAAAAAAGACGCAUUAGACGCAUCAUUAGAACAUACGUGGUGAACAAAGCAACAAAUGAAAGAAUACCAAUUAUUGAUCAAACAUAUUCCACUACAGAUGGAUUUCCUGAUGAUAUAAAUAAUAAAUUAGAGUCACUGGAAUCUGAUGAUUCCAAUGUCAAUGAUUCUGAUGCGAAUACAGAUAAUGAUGAUUAUUCUUCAUUCUUGUUUAAAGAAUACAAUUCAGAUCAGUGUAAACGUGAUGCAUAUGAUAGAUUCAAAAAAGUUACAUCACAAGAUGCCAAGCAAAUUGCUUAUCGAAGUGUUUUAGAUACCAGUGAAAUGAGAAGUAAUAUGUUAGCAACACUAAAAAAUGCAAUAAGUAAUGUAAAAGCCUCCCGGACAUUCAAUGAUGUUGAUCAAAGUUUAAGGACAGUAAGUUACUCCCUAAAGGUUGGAUUGAAACAAACUGUUAGUGACUUAGUAAUUAAAGUGAUUCCGUUAGCUAAAGAUUUUCUAAAAACUGCAGAAAACCUCAAAGAAUUGUAUCAGAGAGGUCCGCAGUCCACUCACAAAAUGUUAACAAACAUUCUAGAAAAUGAGUCGACCGUUCCAGAAUCAGCAAAAGAUAUAUUAAGACUCAUUUCUCCACAGUUUGACGUCGAUGAAUUAAUAAAUAAUAUCUUUGAAAAACCAUGUACUGCGAAGUCGUUGAAAGAGAAAAAGAUCAAAGCUCAAAGAAAACUUAUUGACUUGUCAAAGAACAUGGACACGGCAAUAAGCAAUAUUGACUGCUUUGUGCUGUCCGCAAUGUCCACCGUAGGAAUUGGAGCAGACACAUUAAAACUGUUGAAAUCCGGUAAAGUAAUUAUGAGUGAUAAACAUCCCAGGGCAAAAAUAUUGAGAGAUGCGGUUGGAAUAAUUAAAGCAGGUAAAAAAAUCCGAAAUAACGACGAUAGUUUUACACCAACCUUGACACCUUCUGAUGGAACCACUAAAAGUGACGAAGAUGAUGAUGAUGAAGAUCCUGACGAAGUUGCUCAGAAAAAUGAAGAAUUUUUAAAAACUGUACCUGACCUAGACGAUAAUAUACCCAUACCAAAAAAAGUCCCAAACAAGCGACAGCCGUUAGGUGUUAUUGUUGUGCAUCCGGACAAACAGAUAGAGUACAAAGAAGUUACUGACACAUCGCAACUGAAAAAAUUCGUUGGAGACCAAACGAAAAAAUACAAAUUGCAAUCUAAAAAUAAGCAUCCUAAAUUUUUAAAAUUGAAUAGUAAACGAUUAAUCGACGCCAUGGUUGCGGAUGUGAAGAAAAAAGCUGAGAGAAAUGGAAUGACCAAAAAAGAAAUGGUAGAUGAAAUAAUCAAAAAUUUGAGUAAUAGUUGAUUAUAUUAUUUACGAUUAUAAAUAUUAACUUAUGUUUUCUAUAUUAUUAUUGAUAAAAAUGUUGUUAUCACGCUAAAGAAAUGAUAAAACUUGUAUUUAAUAUGGUGAAUAUUUUUAACUCUUAAUUCAUAAUGAAAUCGUUAAAAAUAUGUAACUUUUGUAUGAAAAAUAAUUCAAUUUAUUAUAUAAUUGAUAUUUUAUUGAAUAAAAAUAUUGCGGCUUUUUAAUUAUUUUGUAAUAUAAAAAGCCAUAAUAUUAUUAAUGAUUA